AUGGGAAAUCACUACUCUAGAAGAAAAACUCGGAAACACAUCACUACUGUUACCUCCAUCAUCCUUCUACUUCUUUUGUUUCUGUUUCUUUAUGCUAAAGCUUCAUCGUCGUCUUCUCCUGAUACUCGUCAUCACUCAACUCAUGGAAUCUUGAAGAAACCUGAAAUUUUGGAUCCAAAGCUUCAUGAUCUUAAUUCCAACGAUGCGUCAAGAGGAUCGAGACAUACAAAUGAAGGUGGUGAAAAUGUUUUUGAAGGUGACAAGAGAAGGGUCUUCACAGGUCCGAAUCCUUUGCACAAUAGAUAA